AUGCGCUCGAAACAGAUGCCUUUCGGGCCUUCCAUUUAUUCUCCGCUACCCUUUCAUCUCAUUCACACCAUCUUCUUCUUUUCAUCCGCUGUCGUCGGUGCCAUCUUAAGCGUGUUUAUCUACCACCUCCAUAAAGAUGGCUACAAGCUGCCAUUCACCUUUCUGGUGCUCCUCGUCUCAAGCAUCCUCUCCCUCCUCGUCAUCCUCCUCACCAGCAUAAUCCAAUGCAUCUGCGGCCUCUCGACCCAACUAUCGAUGACCCUCAACACCCUCCUCCUACUCCUGUGGGUGAUAUCAGUAGCCCUGAUGAGCUGGAGCAUGUCCGGUACUAUUUUGACGCAGUGCAAUACCUUCUACUGGGGCAAUGACACCGGCAUCGCUGUCUGUCGCUCCUACAAGGCGCUGCUUGCAUUCACGGUGACUAGUCUGGUGGCGUGUAUAGCGGUGCUGUGGAUUGAUCUUCGCGCGCGGGGCAUACAACGCCGGUACCGUCAUGGCCAGUAUGGUGUUGUUAUGGGUAGCGAGCCUGGGUUAGGUGAGGGUCCUGUUAGUGCGGAUGUCAAGCUUGCGGAGCGAAACUAUGAGCCUGCGCCUGUGCCGGUAUCUGUGCCUCCAGCUGCGAGUUUUGAUGAAAUUCCUCCGCCAUUACCGUCCCAGGCUGCUCAGCUAUACUCCGCCCCGCUGGAACGGGACCAUGCGCGUGAGGCGCAGGAAUUCUAUGAGGCUGCAUCAGCGAGAAGCCGACAUAGUGCGCCUCGUGGGAGGUUUGGUGCUGGUGCUGGGUAA